CCUCUGAUAGACUCGGCAAAGAUGUCACCUCAGUUCGUCUCAUUGCUGAUAUCGGCGCAGAGAAUCCCACCCAGCAACGCAAAAUAAGGGAUUCCGUACGUUGACGUGGAGAAAAUAGGAGCCUUAUUUCUCAAUCCUGUUAUCAGUGUUAAAAAGACAUUCACAACCAUUCUUCCCGACGACAUCUAUGAGGCGACCAGAAAAUUCUGAAGUAUCCGGUAAAGGAAAAGACACUUGACACUUCUCGAGGGCCGACGGUGUAAGCGGAGUGCGCAUUUUCUCGCCCUCUUGCGUGCCUGAUCACCUGUUUGCGGCGCCGGUGUGUCCUGCCCGACAACUGCAGGCUGUCAUGAGAAUCUGAGUCAAAAACGUCGCAUUCAUGAACACUUGCAAACUCGAGUGAACAACUGCGCAGGGAAGAACCUCAUAACUGUCCUCGCUGGCCAUGCUGCUUUGACCCGCCGACUCUGACGCUUCUCUACACCACUGGGAGCGACCAUGGGCGGAGGGAUGGGCGUGGGCGUGAAGGGCGGCUGGCGAGUCAACGUGUUCCUCUUCCUCCUGACGGCAUCGCAGGCUGUCUUGCUACCAUGGGCGCCUCUUAUCCUGCAUGCUACCGGAAUGGGGGCGAGGACGGUGGGCGCGAUGGUCGCCGUCAUCACCCUGGCCGCGAGUGUGGGCGUGGGCGUUAGUUUGUCGGCGAUGAGGCGGACGCAUAGCGGAGCCCUGCGGCGCCUCGUGCUGGUGAUGCUGUUGGCGGGCUCCAUCAUCCUCCAGAUGUCUUCCGUCGCCCUACUGCCCUUUGGCUCUGGAGCCAACUACCCCUCGUGCGGCGGGGCUCCGGGAGAACUAUCACAGUUCUUUAAUAACGGUUCAUCUUCAUCACAAAAUGCACAAAACAUACCGGAAGCUGCAUCACACAGCACUGAUGAAUCUUUUGAUGUCACCACAAUGGCAGCCAUGACACCGACUCCUUCGGCCUUAGAAACGACAACCCAAAGGCUCGCAACGACUUCCUCCCCCAGCACAAUUCACGCGACCACUCUUUCUCACAAUAUCUUUCUGACAGAGACGAUUAAACCGAACAGAACGACUCAGUCACAAACGCCGACGCAGAUCGCUCUUUUGCCAACCACAUCAGAAGCAAAACCCAGUAAUAUAAGCUUAGUUCCUCCAUCAUUUCAAAAUUCUAGUUCAUUCUCACCAUCAAGCCAUUCCAACGCUAACAUGGAAGCUAACGUUUCCUCUAUUAGUUCAGGCAGCGGCGACACGGCUAGCCUUGGGACGCAGGACGAUACAACAAACACAACGGAAGAACAAGAAGAGCUUAGCGAAGCUCCCCCUGAGGUAAUGCACACCAUGGCCGUGUCACCAGCUGUAGAUUCCCCGCCUAACACGGCUGAAGACGAGGCUGAGGAUGUAGAAUAUGAAAACCCGUCAAAGGAAGAUUCUGAUGAGGUUUUUAAUGAAGAGCAUGUUAUCAAAGGGAAUAAGCAACAUAAAAAUGAACAUAAAAACAAUGGCAAGAAGCAUCACGGACUUUUACAACCGACAAAGCAAUUACAAGAUAACUACGACAGAAUAUCUAAUAAUGCUUUUUCCAAUGAAUAUGAGGAUUAUUACAAUGAUAACGAAGAUACUCUAGUAAAUCGAGAAAAGCCCCAGCUCGGCCUCAUGGGGUCGCAAGACCAUCUUCAGUCACUGCAUCCGAAGGUCGGUCGACCAUUUGGGAAUGGAAACUCUUACAAGGUUUCCGGUGGCACUCCCCAGCACCUUAACGCCUAUGGCGACAAAAAGCAGGAUUCGAUGUGGCGUUUGUCGGCAGCCGCGGAAAAGACCAAAGGUUACGGAGGAAAUCCCAUCAACCUUCUGUCUCUGAAGCAGCCCGACCUGUCUUACCCUCCGAGGAUUCCGGUUUACGGACACUCCAACUCAGGCAAUGACGAGCGUACUUUCUUGUCUUACAGUUCUCGAUCCCAGAGUCAGAGCGCCCGUCCUCGGGAUUACGACAUUCACCAUCCGCCUUACCCAGACACCGGGGCGCCUGGCUCUGAGGACUAUUCGGAGGGAUUGCAGUAUCCAUUCGGCAGAACCAAUGCAGACUGGAGAAGACAGACGGGUCGCCAUAAGCGGGCUGUAAGUCGCAAGAAGGAUUCGAAAGCGGAAGUCCCUCCGGAAUCUAAGGACCAUGAUGCAGUCACAGAGGAUCAUGAAAUUUCGGAUCCUAUUAUCGCCAUGAGCGACCAGAGCCUCAUGGGUAUAAAAGUAGGCGUGACCUUCCUCUUAGUCUUCGGUGCUCUGCUCGGCGCGGGCGUGGAGGCAGCCGUGGCACAGCUUUGGCACUGCUACGCCCACGGCUACGACGAAGGCGGCGUGAGCCAAGACAUCUUGCAGCGUACCAUCACGCACACUUUUCACCUGAGCGUCUAUGCCAAUCACAACCUCUGGGCCAAACUCACCUCCGGGGCGUGGGUUCUGGGCGCCGGGGUCAUAUCUAUCGCGGCGUGUGCUGUGGGCGUGGGCAUAGGCGCCUUCGGAGGGCUGGCGGGAAUGCACAUGGCGCUGGGGGCGUGUGCGGUGUUGAUGGUGCUGGUGAUUCCUGUUCCGUACGGAUCAGUGGACCCCCCCAAGACCCGGCGCCCCCUCUCCCUCUACCUGGACGACGAGGUGCUUCGCGAGGGGCUGCGCCGCAUGUCCUUCCACACGUGGGUCUUUGCCACCGGCUGCCUGGCGGCGCUCUCGCUCACCUUCGGCAUCUGGCUCAUCCAGGAUAUUGCGGGCUCGCAGGGCGCCGGGCUGGCAGCGCAGACGGGGGCCGUGGCGGCGAUGCUGGUGGCGGAGGGCCUGACCCUCCACGCCCAGCGGUGGGUCAUGGCUCACAUCGGCCAACAGGGCACCAUGAGCAUGUGCGGGCUGGCCAUCUUGAUGAACUUCGCCAUCAUGUGGGGGUCUUCGGGCGUGGGCGGCUUGGUGGCGGCGCACGCGGGCUUGGGUGGCGGCAUGGCCCUCAUGUGGGUGGCCAUCAAACACAACGCGCUGCUCCUCGCCACCGUCGGUGAUCAAGAGCGCGAAGCAUGGGCGUCGUGGUGGUGCUGGCGCGUGGGCGUGGGCGUCGGAUCCGCGGUGUGGGGGCUGUGCGUGGAAGGCGCCGGUGGCUCAGUGCGCCCCCUCCUGAUGGUCGCCACACUCCUGGCAAGCAUCAUGGCCAUCGUCGUGGCACCGUCGCCCUCUUCACCAGGCGGCACUGGCGGGCGAGGCGGCGCGUGUACCACACCCUCGACCUGGACAUGGUCGACGACGACGAGGACGAGGCCGCGGAGGACGACUGGUUGGUCCGGAGUGCCCGGAAAGAAGAUUGGAACUGAAUUCGUAAAGAGAAGAGAAGAUCGGGGAGAAAGUGCGGUUUUAAAGAGUAACUGAACAGAUGACGUGAAUCAUUAGUGAUAUGAUCCGGCCCGACUGCCCUUCAAGUUAUUCAAAGUUAUCCAGAGUUUUUUGGACUCUGAACCACGCCGCCACGGAAGAUUCUGCGCGCGCGUGGUCGACAGUGAAUGAUUAGUGAGAAGACUGAGAGGAUGUAGAUAAGCGACACACUAUAGAUGGAUAAACUAUAAUGAUUCCCCUGCAUAACGAUCUUCCAACAACGCAUUUACAGAAAGCGACGAUAAUCAUUUGGCAAGCUAAACCUGGCAGUUGGGAAUUAUGCUGUUCACAUAUCAGCCCAAUGUUAUAAUCGAUUAUUGUGUUAUAUUGUUAUUUGUUAUUAUAAGGUUUAUAUUACACUCAUCCCGCUCUUAUUUUCGAAUCGGAUGUAGUGACCAUGCGAGUCGAUAUGAUAAAAUAAAACGUGGAUACAUGACAGAAUUAAUGAAAAAAAUAACGCUGCAAUUGUUAAACGGUAAAUGAGAAGACUGAAUGCAAAUAACUGAACUGCACAUUGUAAAAUACGCUCACAUUAAUUCCACCAUCUUUAAAUGUCUGACUUUUGAUAUCUGAAAAGAAAAUUUAGGCAUGUUUCCCACGACCGCGAUAUAUUCUUUGUUAACCUGCCAUGACUUGUAUUACAUGACGGAAUAUAUAAACAGAACUUGAAGAAAUCAUACUUAUGUAAGAGUUAUUGAGUGCUUUAUGAGGAGAUAACCUUUUGAUAACAGAAAUAAAGAAAAUGCUAUGAA